AUGGAAAACUCUUCUAAUAAUAAGCGGGAUACUUCACCUACGCCACCUUCAUCCCGCCGACGAACCCCUUCGAAUUCCAGCAUCCUAUCCAAGUUCCCCUUUUUAAGAACAUCCCCCGAAAAACGACAUGAACAAUCCGAACAUGCAAUUGACGACAAUGCUAUCCCGGCUUCACCUCGCCCAGCCGCACGACCGUCAGCGAGUGUGAUACAGUACCAAAGAACUCGAAGACGAAGAGGGUCACUUAGGAAAGCGGCGCUGCUUGGUCGAGGAGCACAACGUGAACGUAGGGAGAGCCGGCCGUUGAGCAUUGACACUUCACAUGCUGCUGCGUAUGGUCUCGACCCUAAUGCUUUAAAGACGGAAAGUCCAUCAUCGAUAGAUUCGUUGGACUCGAAUGCUGCGUCGGCCAAUGCUCAACGGAACCUGGUCAAUGGAUUCACCCCUCUCCCGGGAGGACUUGGGACAGUACCAGUACUUCCUCAGAAUGGAACAGCAUCACAAACAACUCGUCCAAUAUCACUUGCGGAUCAAGAUGGGGCAUCUUACACAUCAACGGACGAAGAAGAUAUGCUCCAGAUACCGGGCAGCUCGUCGACAAUUCGACAGGGCUUAUCUGUGUCUUCUGGACAGGAUUCAUACUUUAAUAGUCUAGGCUCGGCCUCAUCCCACGGACGAAGGCGUCCCGUGAACCGGGCAAAGUCCCCAUUAUCAUUCAGCGGUCUUUCAUCCAACACACUCCCCGCUCACGAAGACUGGGACUACGCGGAGACAGAAUGGUGGGGAUGGGUUGUCCUAUGCGUGACAUGGUUUGUGUUCGUUGUAGGAAUGGGAUCAUGUCUUGAUCUCUGGAGCUGGGCAUGGGACGUGGGAAAGACGCCGUAUGCGCCGCCAGAGUUCGAGGACGACGAUACUCUACCAAUCGUGGGGUACUAUCCGGCGUUGAUCAUCCUCACAGGCGUUAUGGCUUGGGUAUGGGUUGUCGUCGCUUGGGUUGGUAUGAAGUAUUUCCGGCAUGCCAAAAUUAGCGGCGACUAA